ACAGUACUGUAUAGAAUGGGCACAGCUGCCUUGAGGCCCCAGGCAGGUAAUUCUUCGAAGUGACAUGCAGCGAAGAAGGGGCAUAUGCGGGGCGAUAACAAUUAUUGGAGAAGAUGGUAAUAGAUACGAGACGGGUUGCGCGACUGUCAUUAGGCCCGAUUCGGGGUAUCUCCAAAUGUCUUGACUAAAGCGCCGUCCUUCGUGUCCGUGUCACCUCGACAAGCAUCCCAUCCUGCUUCCCUGAGAACCACGCCCACAACGCAGUCUCAAGAUGACCACCCCACGCCAGCCUCCCCCAGCAUACACAGCUCCAAAGGACUCCACGGUCCAUGGAACAACCCAGAUUUAUAGGAAUAUCUCCGAGACGGUAUCCAACCCCUCCGCACGGGUUCUCGAGAGUUCAUUUACCAUCCGUCCCUGCUCGGCUCAGGCGUGGGUAGUGCCGGCCGGACAUAUCUGUCGCUUGACAACACCAAACGGACCCCAGGUGGGGGAUCUCAAUAUUUGGAACGCCAAAAACCCCCGCGAGCGAUUAUGGGCUGCGCGCACGCGCCAAAUUCACGCCUCGCAUGUCUCCGUGGGUGAUCGUCUCUGGUCGAACUUGCCGUAUCUGCGGCCCCUUGUGACGAUCACUGGCGACUCGCUUGCCGGUGGACAGCUGCAUGAGGUACUAGAUGUUGAUGGGAAGCAGAAGGAGGGCAAGGGGUUUGGGACUUCGCGAUGGGGAGGACGUGUCCAUGACCUCCUGGGUACACGUUGUGAUCCAUAUGUUAAUCUACUGAUGGGAGGGGAGCAAUUCGACUUCCACUGUCACUCAAACCUUACUCGUGCUGUGUUACCGCUCGGCCUGACCGAGCUCGAUGUUCACGACGUCCUCAAUGUCUUUCAAGUAACAGGGUUGGAUGAGAACGCAAAGUACUUCAUGGAAACCUCACCGGCGAAGCCUGGCGAGUAUUUUGAAUUCUUCGCCGAGGUCGACGUGCUAUGCGCUUUAUCUGCUUGUCCUGGAGGCGACCUUUCGAACUGGGGCUGGGAAGCAAAGGAGGACGCUAUGGGUGCAACCACGCGUCCUCUGGGAGUGGAAGUUUAUAAGAUCACUGAAACCAAAGCUUUGGAGGGAUGGAAAGAGCCCGAGAGCCCGAGGUAUACUGGGCUGCAUGGGUUGAAAAUGCCCCCACGCGAAGACGAUGGAUCCGGCUUGGUUGGGUUCUGAAGGGUGAAGACACACUGGCAUCUUCUGAGGAGCCAGUCGAUUCGGACUACAUGCUCUUAUCAUUUGCCAGAGGCACUCCACAAUUUUUAGUUGAAGUCUGUUGCUCAAAGUCAAUGCUCUUGUCAACCCCUCACUGUAUCAGAGUUCGGGUUGCGAGGGGUUCUCCGUGGCGUCCGCCAUAACUACCAGAACCUUCCACCCACAUGUAGAUUGCUUAAAAGCGCCCAGGUACACAGUCGAGAAGACUGAGGAUUAAAAAUAUC